ACUUGCUGAUGCUAACCAGGGAGGCCCGGCGAUGAAGAAAAAGAAGAAGAAGACGACCAUCCCACUGUCUGUCCACAUUCUGCGGCUUUUUCGGUUCAGUCUCUCCGUCGCGGCGAAAGAGACGGACGCCUUCUUCGUUUUUUCGCAGGAGGUCUAGUUUGCUCUGCUUCAACUCCGGGGGACCAGGCAUCUGCUGGAAUGUUAACACAGAGCUGAAACUACACAUCUGCUGGCUCUGAUACAUGACAGCACUCACCAGUCAUGGAGUUCAACAAAUUUGUGACCUUGUGGAUAUUUUGCUUGUGUCUCUUUGGAGCAAGUCUGACUGAAAAAACAAGUUCAUUCACACCGGACAGUCAGGUUCUUGAAAAUGGGUUGUCAGAUUUUUGUCGCAUCGAUGAGCCAUGGUGCCAGGAUGAGAAUAGCCUUCUCAGCUUUGAGGCUAUCCGUAGUAUCCACAAGCAGAUGGAUGAUGAUGCAAACGGCAAUGUAGAUGUGGCGGAGACAGACGGCUUCCUGAGAGAAGAUCUGAACUACCAUGACCCCAAGGCCAAACAUAACAGCUUCCACGGGGAUGACCAGUUCAUCAGUGUGGAGGACUUGUGGAACGCAUGGAAGGGCUCUGAAGUGUAUAAUUGGACAGUGGAUGAGGUGGUGGAGUGGCUCAUCACCUAUGUGGAACUGCCACAAUAUGUGGAUGCAUUUCGCAAGAUGAAUUUUAACGGAAGUGCCAUGCCAAGGCUUGCAGUAAAGAACACCACUCUGACACUCUCUAUUCUGAAGAUUUUGGAUCGCAGCCAUGUGCAAAAGUUGCAGCUCAAAGCUUUGGACACUGUACUGUUUGGAGCGCCCCUGAUGAAUAGACAUAACCACUUGAAGGACUUCAUGCUGGUAGUGUCGAUAGUCAUAGGCAUGGGUGGCUGCUGGUUUGCUUACAUCCAGAAUCGCUACUCUAAGGACCACAUGAAGAAGAUGAUGAAAGACCUGGAGGGCCUGCAGAGAGCUGAGCAGAGUCUGCAUGACCUACAACAGAAGCUGCAGAUCGCCCAGGAGGAGCACCGUACAGUAGAGGUGGAGAAGGUGAACCUGGAGCAGAAGCUGAGGGAUGAGAUCAAUGCAGCCAAGCAGGAGGCCCAACGACUGAGAGAGCUGCGUGAGGGCACAGAGAAUGAACUGAGUCGCCAGAAAUAUGCAGAAGAAGAGCUAGAACAGGUGCGCAUGGCGUUGAAAAAAGCUGAGAAGGAGCUGGAGUCACGGAGUAGCUGGUCCCCACCAGAGUCUCUCCAGAAGUGGCUGCAGCUCACCCACGAGGUGGAAGUACAGUACUACAACAUCAAGAAGCAAAAUGCUGAACGGCAGCUCCUACUAGCCAAAGAAGGGGCAGAGAAAAUAAAGAAAAAGAGGAACACUCUCUUUGGUACUUUCCACGUGGCUCACAGCUCCUCCCUGGAUGAUGUAGACCACAAAAUACUGGCAGCAAAACAAGCCCUGGGUGAGGUGACCGCUGCUUUGCGGGAGAGGCUUCAUCGCUGGCAGCAGAUAGAGAUCCUCACAGGUUUUACAAUUGUCCACAACCCAGGCCUUCCGUCGCUGGCCUCAGCCCUCAACCUCGAUCCCAGCUUCAUGGGUGGCAGAGCUACACCUCAGCACUUCAUCAUGUCUGACGACAUGGACGAUUUGGAUGAGGAUAUCAUGCCCGGAACUCUGCAAUAUGGCACCCGACUGUUGGAACGGCGAGCCAGCGACCUGUGGUCCGUCGGUUCAGACUGUCAGCCUAUGUGGAAACAUCCUGCUCCCAGUAUGAUGUCCCUGCGCCAACGCCACAUUGACCCCCAGCUUGCCAUGGGCUCCCAGAGGUUGGUAGAGAGUUGCCUGUUGGCAGGGCAGCAGGGAGAGGGGACCCCAUACCCAUCCAGGUCUAGGGCUACCUUCAGACAGUCACGUAGCCAGUCGUUUGGGCAGCUUGAGUGUCCCCCUCUGCCCCCUCUUUCCUCAGCUGUGUCUCAUCCCUCCAUCAUCUGUGCCUCCAACCCAAACCCUCAGUCCCUGUCAUCCUUGUCCUCCUCUUCCUCCUGCUUACACAGCUCUGUGGGUGGUGGUGUAGCCCCUCAUUCCUCCCAUCUAUAUCACACUUCUUUCCAGCCCAUGGACCCCAUUCCUGAUUUCACCUUCUCAGAUGUCUCCAAAGCGCACUACUCGUGCAGCGACAGCUUCGGGGACCUUAAUCGCUCUGACUCCGACUCCUCCCUGUCCCUAUCCCAAGUUGGUGAUCGGUUAUCUGCCUACAGCUCCAAAGGCCAUCUAAUCAAGCCUUCUUCUCUCGUGCACGGCCUGUCGGGCCGCACAGAAGAUGCCGUCUCACUGCAUGCUCACACCCCCAACGGAGGGAACCGCAUUCAUGAGGGCAGUCCUGCCGAGCCCGUCCCUGAUAGCCCCAUACUCAUGAAGAAGGUGUACGACAUGGAGAAGUCGCCCAGCCUGGGAGAGAUCAACAGUCUGUCAGAGUCGUCCCGCUCCCUCAGCCCCAACUCCACUGAACCCGACACACCUUCACCUACAGGAGGGCAACUUGCGGCCGUGGGGCCAAAGGGCAGCAGCCGCAUCCCGCAGCUGUCGUCAAAGAAGAGCCCUCUGGAGGAGGACAGUGCCUCAACAGGAGAAGACACAGAUUCCACUGCUAGCCGCAAGAAACACACCUUCAAGAUCUUCAAGAAACAGAGGAAAUAAGGGCCACAUGAACUACAGGCUAUCAAAGCUGUCUGACUGUAUUCCUCUGGUCUGUUUUUGGAAAAAAGUUUCAAAGUUUUGGGGUUCAUUAAUGGUGAAAUGAUGGCACAAUUUGUUGCCAUUGCAUUUUGUGUAGGUACAUCACCUACUGUGAGAAACUGUGGACUGUGGGAGCAAACAGCUGCUCAGUUUAAUUUGCUUAUUUGGUCAAUGUCGAAUAUGUGGGGAAUGGGUAGGUUUGUAUAUUGGAAUGUAAAGUAUUAUUUAUUCUGCAGGAAAUUGUGCCAGUCUCAGAGGGAAACAUGUCUCCCAGUUGGUUUUUCUUUCUUGUUCUACAAUCUAUAACAUUUUGCAUGUCUUCACUUUUGUUUGACUGAUACUCGAAUGCUCUUACUGUUUGCUUGGUUCUUGUCGUUAACCUGCUUAGACAACACUCGAUGUUUCUUUUAUUACUACCUAACCACAUAGCCUACAAAUCUAAAGUGAAUGCGCACUCCUUUAUUUUUACUGAGUAUUUUGUUUUUUAUUGAUGGUUGCAAGUUUUUCCGUCUUUUGUUGUCUUUUUCUUGGCAGAGCAAAUAACACAGUCAAGAGAUCCUCAAACAGAAGUGUAGUAAUAGAGAGCUCGGACUAUUAGUGACUCAGAUCUCACUUUUGGCUGUCAAAAAAUGUGUGCAGUGUCGUUUGGAUUAAAAAUGGCGUAAUAAUAAUUUGCAGCCUUGGAUCUCCGCUAAGAGCACCUGAAUGACGUCAUCUUGUCUACAAAAGGGAGUUGGACGAGAGGUAAAUCUCCCUAGGAAGUUACAAAAGGACCAUCACACCUUUUGCCUCUGGGGUUUUAAUAAUUAGGGCUGAGUGCAUGUGAGCGUGAGACAAAAACGCUCGGCUGAAAUGUCCAGCUUUUAAACAAUGCCACGUUUCUGCGUAUUGAAUUUAGAAAUUAGGAUACAUCUCGGAGAAAGUGUGUCUGAGGUGCUAGCUUUGUUCACCUACAGGAUAAACCAUUGAAAACACAAUAUUUAUCAAAGACCUUAACACAAAAAUACUUGAAGCAUAUUUUUGGUCACAACUAUUUUAAAGAAGUAAACAACUAUGUCCUUUUUUUUUUUUUUUUUUUAAUUUUUUUUAAAAGAUUUUUCUCCUAGAAGAUAAAUAGGAUCCAACAUAUUCGACUGAUUGUUAAUUGGAUGAACAGGGUGUGAGUUUAACUUGGAUUUUGGCUCCUGCUAUCCUGUUUUCUUACUAUUUCUGUUUCAACGAUUUGGGAGGAAAACUUCGCAGCAGAUUGUCAGUGAGGGAUGGGUCCCGGUAAGGGCUAAACUACAAGGCGAAAAAAAGACUUGCUCUGUAUGAGAUACAGAUUUUCAAGUUAUAACCAUUUUGUAAUCCUCCACCUACGGAAGCUCAACAAGUUAUGGAGGCAGAAGACCAAUCAUGUUAAAGUGCCAAAUCAUUAUUUCUGUCAGAGGCCUUUGUGUAUUUGUAGUGUGUUUGGCCAUUCGAGCCCCUUUUUACACAACGCAUAACCACAUGAUGUAUACUGUAUAUCCUGAGUUUCAAACAGCGAAUGUCCAAGGGUAUUCUUUCUUUAACAGUAUCAUCGGUACAGUAUGUUUACAUUUGUUACAGAUAAUUCCUCAGAUCAGCACAGCAGAGAACAUUGUGCCAGUGUUAAUGUUGACAGCUUUAUAUGAGCACAGAACUAUGCAUCAGUAGUUGUAGGUGAUUUACUAAAGUAGUGCGGACACCGGUAGACUUAGGGUGCUCCUGAUCAAUGAACAACCAAAAAGUGCUGCAAAAGACAGUCGGCCUCCCCCAGCCUCGUAAUGUAACAGUUGGCUUGGAUGUACAAGACGUCUACAUAUUUUAGUUUAGAAAACCGGCUGA